AUGGAGGGUGCGUUCACCCAUGUGGCCAAUCACCUGGUCGGCGACUCGGCUUCUGCCAUCAACGAAGGCGACGACCUCUCCACCCUCGACGCCGGCGAAAGCGCAUUGGACAGCGAAUAUGGGCGCGGAAACCUGAACGGUGGACCGCGCAGGAGACGAGGUGGAGAUGACGAUGAGACACACGUCUUCGACGAUGAUGACGACCUGGAAUCGCUCGCGAGCCACGCGAUCAAUGGUGCAAACGGACACCCGGCCCCGGCGCAGGAAGAGAUGGAGCUGCCCGCACACGCUUGUGCAUACUGCGGUAUUCACAACCCGGGUUCAGUCGUCAAGUGCCUGUCGUGCACCAAGUGGUUCUGUUCUGCACGGGGCAAUACCUCUUCCAGUCACAUCAUCAACCAUUUGGUCCGCGCACGCCACAAGGAAGUCCAGUUACAUCCCUCUUCACCACUGGGUGACACCACGUUGGAGUGCUACAAUUGCGGUACGAAGAAUGUUUUCCUCCUCGGAUUCAUCCCAGCCAAGAGCGACACCGUCGUGGUCCUACUCUGCCGGCAGCCAUGUGCUGCCAUGCCCAGCAGCAAGGACAUGAAUUGGGAUACCUCCAAGUGGCAGCCACUGAUCGAGGAUCGAUCUUUCCUGCCAUGGCUCGUCAACACUCCCACGGACCAAGAGCAAAUGCGCGCGCGCCAGUUGCAGCCCCAGGUCAUCGCCAAGCUGGAAGAGAUGUGGAAGGACAACACCAAUGCCACGAUUCAAGACCUCGAGAAGAGUGCGGGCAUCGACGAUGAACCUGCUCCGGUCUUGCUGCGUUACGACGACGCGUACCAAUACCAGAACGUUUUCGGUCCGCUGGUUAAGAUCGAGGCCGAUUACGAUCGCAAGCUCAAAGAGUCACAGAGCCAGGACAACCUCAUCGUGCGCUGGGACUUUGGUCUGAACAACAAACAUCUUGCCUCCUUCGUCUUGCCCAAGCUUGAGCUGGGAGAUGUCAAGCUAGCUGUUGGCGAUGAGAUGCGGCUGCGCUACACUGGAGAGCUCCGUCCGCACUGGGAAGGCGUCGGGUACGUGAUCAAGAUUCCGAACAACCAAAGCGACGAGGUCACCAUUGAGCUGCGCGCCAGGGGCGACCACAAAUCUGUGCCGACUGAGUGCACCCACAACUUCACCGCGGACUAUGUAUGGAAGGCCACCUCGUUCGACCGCAUGCAACUUGCCAUGAAGACCUUUGCAGUUGACGAGAUGUCUGUUUCUGGCUAUAUCUUCCACCGCCUUCUUGGACACGAGGUUGCUGCCGCGCCGAUGAAGGUUCAGAUGCCACGCAAGUUCAGCGUUCCUAACCUCCCCGAUCUCAACGGCUCGCAAAUUCAAGCUGUCAAGUCGGAGAGGAAUUGUCUGGUUGAAGGGCCGUUGAACAAUCUCCAAGUUUCGCUGCUGCAGUUCAGCCGACCAAAGACAUCGUACCGUGGUCCUCAACGCUAUCAAAUGGCUUACCAGCAUGCGAACCACAUGGCCACCGCUACUGGCAAUCGCAUGACCGGUCGUCGUGGGGAUGGGCCACCUGGAGCCGACAAUGGCAGCAUCGUCGGCUACAUCCCAGACGAUGUGUCCUCUAUCCACUCAUCUGCUCUGGGUGGGGCCGCGUUGCCGACACAGUACCCGCCGAUGUUUCAGCGAUUUCAAGAGUCGUGGCCAACUCUCAACGAUCACCAGCGCAACGGAACCAUUGGCGACAGAUCUCACUAUGCCCCAGAGUCUGUAGCAGGGCAGAGUGUUGCUGCCAGUGAGAUUACCGACGUCACCACCAACGGCUCAGUCAAGCCAGGCCAGGGAGGAGUCAGCUUGGCUGGCCUCAGUAUCAAUGAUCUCAACAAGCAAGCGUCUCUCUCCCAAUCCGACAAGCUCCGCCGAUAUGUCGAGGGUCAAGGCAAUCCUCAGCCGCCAAUCGGGGCCGGCCGCAACAGAUCUACAUUGGAGGACGAAGACGCGCGCAGCGUGAGCACCGCAUUUGCCAGCCAAGUCGGCGUCGGUGGCUAUGAUUGA